AUGAGGAUUGAGGUUGAUUCGUUUGGUGGCAACAAGAUUUAUCCUGGUAGAGGGAAGAUUUAUGUCAGAUUGGACAAUAAAGUAUUCCGAUUUUUAUUUAGGAAAACAUGUUCUUUGUUCCUCCAGCGAAUAAAUCCCAGGAAAGUCUCAUGGACAGUUUUAUACCGACGAUUGCAUAAAAAGGGUAUUACAGAAGAAGUAGCAAAAAAGCGUUCACGGCGCACAAUUAAACAUCAACGUGCAAUCGUAGGUGCAAGUCUUGAAAUGAUAAUGGAAAAGCGGAAUCAGCGGGAAGAAGUUCGUCUUUCAUUGAGACAAAUAGCGAUUAAAGAUGCAAAAGAAAAAAAACGUGCACAUGAGAACCAAAAGAGAGCAGACAAAGCUAGACUUGCAUUAGCAUCUCGUGGAUCUAAUGUCUCUCGAUUUUCUAAACAACAAGCAAAGGGUACUAGGUCAAAGGUCAUAGGUACAAGUCGUUGA